CACUUACCCGCGACGAGCAGGCCGUUUCACACCCGCACACAUUUUAUGUGAAUGCUGUCAAAGCUCCUCACAAACUGCGUGUUUUCCCGGUUUCCUGAUAGUUUGUGCAAUGGCCUCGAAACGGCGGCCGGGUGAGAGUGAGAAAACAGAGAAGAAGAAAAAGAAGAAGAACUGCGAAGAAACCGCUGAACUUUGUUCGGCUAUAGAAGACGGACAGGUGACGAGAGCUGUGAAGGAGGCAUGGAGCCGGAGGACUCACUACAGCCAGGGGGAUCUGGAGUUGGACUGCCACCCUUUCCCUCACUGCGUCAUCAGGAACUUCCUCGCCAGCGAGACCUUCGUAGAGAACCUGCAGAGUGAACUGCUGGAGCUCAACUUCCACGAGAAGUCAAACGAUCUGUACAAAUUUAAACAGUCAGAUGACCUGGGGAAGAGAACGGAGCCACAUAUUGCGGGACUGAGGUCAGCACUGUUUGGGCGUUUCCGUUCCUGGCUCGGGGACGUGUUGGGGGUCGAUCUGGAGUCCACAGUGGAUAUUUCUUGUGCCAGAUAUGAAUACACAGAUGUUCUUUUGUGUCACGAUGAUGAAUUGGAGGGGAGGCGCGUUGCUUUCAUCUUGUAUCUCGUGCCUCCGUGGCAGAGCAGCGAUGGCGGAACCCUCGAUCUUUACUCAACAGACAGUAAUUUCCAACCACAGAGUAUUGUGAAGUCACUCGUACCCUCUUUGAACACUCUUGUCCUGUUUGAAGUUUCGCCCGUCUCCUUUCACCAAGUGUCCGAGGUUUUGACAGAGGACAAGUGUCGUCUGUCUCUGAGCGGCUGGUUUCACGGACCAUCUUUAGAGCGUCCUCCUCGCCACAUAGAAGCCCCCAUCCCACGGUGCCCACACUUACCGAGAGAUGAAACGUUGCUGCUGGAGUGGGUCAGUCCAGUCUACCUGGACAUAUCCUAUCAAGAGCAGAUUCAGGAGGAGUUUGAGGACAGCUCUGAAAUUCAGCUCAAAGAUUUUCUCAAGGAGGAGAAGUACCGGGAGGUGAGUGAAGCACUGAGACUCACUCAAAUUCAGUGGACUAAGAGAGGUCCGCCCAACAAGAGAUGCCAUGAAGUGGCUUCUCUGGACACCCUACCACAGUGUGUGAGCGCAUGUUGGGAACUGCUUCGUUCAGAGGCUUUCUUCCUGCUUCUCUCUAACUUCACUGGCCUUCGAUUGCACUACCUGUGUGCUGCUGAUGGCGACGAUGAGAGUAAAGAUGAAGAGAAAGAGGACGUCCGGGGCGGAGAAGCCACGGGUUCUUCGUCCGAGUCACCAUCAGCGAAUACAAGCAGAGAGAAGGAACUGAGCACACCUGUGUGUUGUGGUGAACUGCGUCGAUGGUCUCAUGGUGGCUACACUCUGUUGCAUGAUGCAGAGGCGGCACAAGCAGAGUAUGCUUUGGACCUUGUUUUGCCUUUUGGCUGUAAGGACUGGCAGUCAGAGUUUGGGGGUUUCACGUGUUAUGUUGCUAAUGAAGAGGAUGAGGAGCUUCUGACCGUGUAUCCAGAGGACAAUUCCCUUGCCCUCGUCUACAGAGACAAAGAAACCCUCAAAUUUGUCAAACAUGUCAACCACAAAAGUUCCUCUGAUUCUGCUGACAGCCCUGCCUGCAGAACAUUUUAUGAUUUCUCUUUUGUGUACUAUGAAUAAAAAUAUUUAUCUAUCU